CGCAAUUCGAUUCAAUUAAAAUUCUCAUUUUUUUUUAUUAAUAGUUCUGUUGUGCACAAAAAUGCGUUCGAUUCAAAUUGUAAUACUCUCUAUUUUUAUAAGUACAGUUCGGUCGAUGACAUUGAGAGAACGAUUGGCAACGACGAUGAUAGAGUGUGAAGAUGAAUCGAAAAUAGAGUCUGAUGAACUAGUGGCAAUUUACGAGGGAAAUGUGCCUUACACCAAGGCGAGCUUGGAGUUCUUAUACUGCUUCGGCUGGAAAAUGGGGUUCGAGCUAACGAAUGCAAACUCGCAACGUUUAGCAAACAUUAUUGAAAAAUUGGGAUUAUACAAAGGAGACGUCGCCGGUUACGUGAAUAAAUGCUUGAAGGACAUCGAUAAUUCCUUCGAUGGACGAGAAAACGUGUACACGAUGCUCAGUUGCUUAAUAGCAGAUUAUUAUAAAGAGAAAUUGAAGUUGACAAAACAAGAAAACGUUCCAAGAGAUCCAAGAGAGCAAGCUCUAGACGAGGUCGAUUACUUGAACAAGUAAUAAAAUAGUUUCAAAUUAAUUCGAGUUAAUUUCGAAUCCUUUCCUCAUAAUUAUUAUUAUUAGCUAUUUUCUAAACGCUUUAUUUUCUGUUCAUCCAGUCAAGAAAAUCUGGAUUUACAGAACCGUAUAUAACAAGUGAACAAGAAUCUAACUUUUAACCAUUUAAAUCAGGAAUACUAAAAGAAUGUUUCGAGUUCGAGUAAAC